UAAUUUGAGAAAAAAAUGUCUGAACCAAAAGAAGUUGGUGGCUACAAGCUCGGUGACAUUAUAAUUGAGGGUAAGACAAAAAAGGUUUAUGACCUCCCAGAGGUUCCCGGUCACUGCUUGCUGCUCAACAAGGACAGGAUCACAGCUGGCGAUGGCGUCAAGGCUCACGAUAUGGAAGGCAAAGCCGCCAUAUCGAACCAAACUAACGCUAAAGUGUUCGAAAUACUUAAGGCUACUGGCAUUAAAACUGCAUUCGUGAAAAUUGCAUCACCUACGGCUUUCAUCUCCAAGAAAUGCGAAAUGGUGCCCAUCGAAUGGGUCACCCGGCGUUUGGCGACUGGUUCCUUCUUAAAACGCAAUACUGGCGUACCUGAGGGAUACCGGUUCACUCCACCGAAGCAGGAGACAUUCUUCAAGGAUGAUGCUAACCACGACCCUCAGUGGUCCGAGGAACAGAUCCUCGCAGCCAAAUUCAAAAUUAACGGACUUCUUAUCGAACAAGACGAAGUCGACUACAUGCGCAAAGUCACAAUAUUGGUUUUCGAAAUUUUAGAGAAGGCUUGGGCGUUAAGGGAUUGUGCUCUUAUUGAUAUGAAGAUCGAAUUCGGAGUGGACUCAGACGGUAAUAUACUUUUGGCUGACGUCAUUGACUCCGACUCUUGGAGGUUAUGGCCAUCUGGCGAUAAGAGGCUGAUGGUUGACAAACAGGUGUACAGAAACUUGGCUAACGUCACAGCAGCUGACCUCGACACGGUAAAACGUAACUUCGCCUGGGUGAAGGACCAGCUUGACCAUUUGAAACCAAAUAUUCACCACAAAGUUGUCAUAUUCAUGGGAUCUCCUGCUGAUCAGGAACAUUGCCAGAAGAUCGCCAAAGCUGGUCGAGAACUUGGAUUGGACGUCGAUCUCCGCAUUACUUCUGCCCACAAGGCAACGGAAGAAACUCUUCACAUUAUGCAGCAGUAUGAAGACACGCACGGUGCUCUGGUCUUUAUUGCGGUAGCUGGAAGAUCGAAUGGUUUGGGACCAGUACUGUCUGGUAACACUUCAUACCCAGUCAUCAACUGCCCACCACCUUCGGAUAAACUUGUUCAGGAUAUCUGGUCGUCCCUCUCUGUGCCGUCUGGUUUGGGUUGUGCAACAGUGAUCUACCCCGACAGCGCAGCACUAAUGGCCGCCCAGAUUAUUGGACUACAAGACUACCUUGUGUGGGCCCGCCUUAGAGUCAAACAACUGGACAUGGCUACCGCCCUUAGAGCAGCUGACAAGAAAUUACGAAACCUUAGCGCUUAAGAUGAUUGCAGUACCAUUACCCUGUUAUCUGUCUCGAAAUAUCUGUAUUUUUAUUACGAGACAAAAGGGGUUGCUAACUUUUUAAUCUCUGAAUUGUUACAUUUUAUAAAACUCAGUGUUACACAGAGAAUUUCAUCGAAUAUUUUGAAUUAAAUACUUUUGUAUUCUUA